CUAGGGGCGUGGGGGGAAGCUGAUGGGGGGCUGCCGGUGGGUCCUCAACACUCACCAUUUUUUCUCUGUGGGUGCUCCAGCCCCAGAGCACCCAUGGAGUUGGCGCCUAUAGUUAGAGGAAUCAAAAAUGUUGGGAGAGUCCUUAAAUCAGAUUCAGCAGCAACUGGAGUUUUGCCUUAGGGAGAAGACUCAGUGCAAGACUGAGAAUUCCACACUGCAAGUAAAAGCGGUAAAGGAAGCACUAGAGAUUGAAAGGCUGCAGCACACUUGUGACAAGCAGCAGCAGAUAAUUAUGAUGUUAAGGGAGCAAAAUUGCUGCUUGGGGAAAGUAUACUGCCACACAGGGAGCAGUAGCUGCAGCUCUGGAUUCCCAGAGUUCGCAGACUGUGACUGACCACACACUUUGCUGGUAUAGUGCGAGAAACUGCUGUCUGUAGGAAUUUGCUAUAUUAGAUAGCAGUUUUUUAUAAUCCCUUUCAUAUGAGUAACUGCUACAGGUAGCAAGCACCAGGCUGUGCGGGGGGAGGGGGCAGCGGGGCUGAGGCAGGCUCCAUGCCCAGCUCCGCACAGCUCCCAGGAAACGGCAGCACAUCUGACUCCUAGGCGGAGGGGCGGCCUGGGGUAGGGGAGCUAUGCAUGCUGCCGCCUCCUGCCAGCGCCACCCCGAGCGCUGGCUCCGCAGCUCCCAUUGGCUGGGAAUCUGCGGUGGAAGUGAAUCCUGGACGCAUCCAGCUUCCUUCAUCCCCAGGAAAUGCUGGGGAAGAACUGGUAAGGCUGCUAUUUAAGGGGCCAUCUGAGGUCAGCAUGUCAUGGAGCCCCUGCGAACUGCACCAGCCAGAGCUGCCCGGAGCCCGCCCCCCAAGCCCCAACGCCCUGCCCCAGUUUGGAACCCCCCUCCCGCUCCAUCCCGGAGCACGCAUCUCACACCCCCGUCCUUCACCCCAACCCCUUGCCCAGCCCUGAGCCCUUUCUGCACUCUGAAUCUCGGUCCCACCCACCCCCAGUCCAGUGCCCCCUCCUGCACCCCAAACCCAUCAUCCCUGACCUCACCCUGGAGCCUGUACCCCUGAGCCCAUACCCCAGAGCUCAUACCCCCUCCCACAACCCAACCCUCUGCCCCUGCCCGGAGCCCCCUCUCACACGUCGAACCCCUCGGCCCCACCCCCUAGCCUGGAGCCCCCUCCUGCACCCCAAACCCCUCAUCCUCAGCCCCACCCCAGAGCCUGCACCCUAACCCAGGAGCCCAUACCCCCUCUCUGCCCCCUAGCUCCCUCCCCUACCGCCAGCCCCAAGCAUGGGGCAUGGGGUCACUUGCAGGUUUAAACUAAUGUAAAUGUUGAAUUCUCUGUAACUUGCAGUUUUUAAAUCAUGAUUUGAGGACUUCAGUAACUCAGCCAGAGGUUCUGGAUCUAUGACAGGAGUGAGUGGGUGAGGUUCUGGGGCCUGCAAUAUGCAGGAGGUCAGACUAGAUGAUCAUAAUGGUCCCUUCUGACUUUAGUAAAAGUAUCUGAGUAAGAAUAUACAUUACAAUUUUAAACCUAACCAGUGACCCUUAAGUGACUUGCCACAAGAUUCAGAACAUAUUAGUGUUAGAGCUGAGUGGGUCUAAUAUUUAUUUAAUUUUCUUUCUUGAUAUAAGAAUUAGAUACAGUGCUCCUGUCAGAUAUUGCUAAGUUAUUAUCUGGAAAAAUGUUAGCGUUUUCAGUUGCCUAAGUAGCCCCUGGAGUCAUGGUUAAAAUUGUGCCCCCUGUCCAAUCUGAAAUAACACCCCUGUGGGCAGGCCCAGAAUUUGCCCGUCUCGCUACGCACACCGCACUGGCCUAUCUGGAGCCAGCCUCCCAAAUAUAGAAGUCAAACUAUACCUAGCUGACUCUGCAAAGGUGGAAGAAGCAGGCCUGACUUCACUGAAUUCACUGCUGUUGAGCACAUGACAGGAAAACACUGAAGCUGCGGGGAGAAACUGUAGAACAACCGAAACAGACUAGCCGAUGGGUUUCUGCUCUGUGUAACAGCCCAGGCUCAGUAGUCUUAUAGUAGACCAACGUGUGAGUAAGACACUUCAGACUCCUUGCAGAUAUUUUGAAUAAUAGAAGAAGAAAUGAAUCUUGCAAAUGAUGGUGCAACGUUCAGUGCCAUUUAUGACUGGAACUAUGUUCUGUGGGAAGUUCGUUUGAAGUUACUAGCAGCUGGUUUUUUCAGUUACCUGGGAGUAUUUAUUACAGCUCACUGGCUGUCCUCAUGGAUCAGUGCCACUUAUUGCACUUUGUCAACAAAGCAGAAGAUCUUCUGGAAUAUGGAUAUCACACGUGGCCUAUUUGCAGUUCAGAGUUGUGGAGCUGGCUUGUGGGCCUUGCUUAUAGAUCCAGUUUUUCAAGUUGACCAAGUGUAUUCACAGCAAAAAUGGAGCUGGUUUCAUUGCUUAAUAGCCGCUGGCUACUUCUUGCUUGAAAAUAUCGUUUUUAAUGUGUCUAACAUUGUUUUCAGGGUAUUUAAUGUGUUCGAAGGAGUUCAUCAUUUAUUUGCCUUUGGUGGGCUUCUUGGUCUGAUAAUUAACAUAAAGUCUGGACACUAUCUACCCCUGAUGGGUCUGCUACUUGAGAUGAACACUCCUUCAUACUGCAUAUCCUCUAUUCUUGCAAGGAUUGGCUGUGCUAAUACCCUUUUUUGGAAGGCAAACCAAUGGAUAAAUAUCCAUAUGCUUCACUGCCGCAUGGUCCUUAUUUAUCACAUGUGGUGGGUGUGUAUUUCCCAUUGGAAUGAUGUGGUGGAAAAUCUGGGACUUCCAUAUUUUAUUGUUUUUUUCAUGGGUUUAAGUACACUUACGUUAAUACUUAAUCCAUACUGGAUAUUCAGAUCGACUCAGCGGCUCUUUGUUCCAGUUGACAGGAAAUUUCCAAAAACAGCAGUGAAAAAUGCAUCCUAUGAAAAUUUAAAUAGUGAAACAUUCCAAAAGAAGAGGAUAUAGUUCUGCAACAGCUAUUCGGGUUACAGUAAAAUAUGUCCAGGAGAAAAUGGUGCAGGUUUACUAGCCAGUCCAUGAAAAUAGAAUUGCUUACAAGAAGUCUAUGAAUGUAUUGAUCUAUUUGCAGUUUGCUAUCAGUGUACUAUACUCAUUUGUCAAUAGUGUUUUAAAAUUGUUGCUGUCUAUCUUUAAAAUACACACACACUCUUUGACUCAGUCAGGAUUUAUGCCAGUAAUUUUAGUCUGGGAGCAUAAUGUAAUAAAAUCUCAUUCUGGGGGGGAGGGGCAAAUUAAUGAUAGAAAUGUAAGGGAGGUGUCAUUUGAUUCAUAAAAAUCUACAGAAUCAUAAUUUCAAUGAUGUUAAUGUCUGUAGCAUGGCAGGAGGGAUUCACUGACUUUCCUCUCCCCUGCUCCCCAUCUCCAGGUCCUCCCAGUUGGUGGAAAUUUUAUGAUAGAACUUUGUCAGAAAUGGGUCAAAUUACCUAUUAUUCAAAGCCCUUUCUCCCAUGAACACAAUGGUACCAAACAUGACAAACCCAAAACAAUUAGGUAGAUAUAUAUUGGAGAAAAUAUUGAAAUAUAAACUUUUAAAAUUGUUCUUUAACACAAGGAAGCAUUGCUUGCAUGAAAAAGACACUGACCUUUGGCAAUCCUAACAAGUUUAGUCUUGACAUGGAGGAUUGAAAAUAUUUAUUGGUCAACAUUGUCAUCAGUGUCAUUACUGUCUAGGGCUAGUGAUAGACACGUUAUCACAUUGAUACUCAUCCAUGCCACGCUCACACAUCUCUGUAUAAGGCAGACAGCUGGCCAGACAUCUGCAAGAUGUUGAGCAUCUUGUCUUUGUGCAUGAGAUUUUGAUUAGCUGAAGGAUUGAUUUAGGAGUGCAUGGUAUUUCAUGCAUAACUGGUACAAUCAGUGCAUCCUCCAAGACCUAUCUGUCCCCAAUAAGAGAGGGUAAGUUUUAGAUGCACGCAGUCAUUCUGGAGCCAUUCCAUUGCUUGAUAAUUUGCCCUCUUGAUAGCAGACAUAAAUGCAUCUCUUGUCAAUGGCAAUUUUUCUCCAUUUUUCUGCUUAUUUUUUAAACAUCUACCAUGAAUCUCUGUAAGUGUCAUAAUGUUCAUCUUCAAAUGGUAAAUUGAGCAUAUGUACGCCUCUAGUGCAUUUACGUCCUCAUCUGUGACUGUCUCAGCCAUUGUGAGCACCUUCAGCGCAAGGACAGAGUCUUCGGAGGCUGAAUGAAAUGCCUUCCUGUAAAAUCAUCUGGUCUUUCUAGCCAGCCUCCAAGCAGUGUCACAUUCCAAAAAGGGUCUGGAAACCUGGCAAUGCGGCUGUUGAGCAGGUCUAUAAAGACCCAGGUCUAGUGACACAACACAUUUUGAUUCAAUUUUGAAGAUGUAUUUGUUCAUAUAUUCCAGCUCCAUAAGGAAUGUUUACUGAACUGAGCGAUGAGUGGGGAAUAGCAUUGUUGGGAUGGUGCCAAAUUGGUGUGACCAUACGGAAUGAACGGUGAGAGCAUAACCUGACAUAACUUAAACAUGGCUGAAGGGCUGCAGAGGAUCCUGGGAGCAGGUUCCCUUUAAGCAGAAGCAAAUUUGAUAAAAAACUGGAAAAGUCUGCGUGUACAAUCAAUAUUGAACCUAUUGGUCAGCAAAUAUGGACCCAUGCAAAAAUAAAUAUCACAUGUAUAAAGUUCUAGCAUGGAGCACAGGUCGACCUGAUUAUAGUGACCCUAUCGCAAGGACUCACACAGAGAGCCAGAGUGAAUGACUGAUGAGUAAAAGUGGGGUGAUCUUCGUUUGGUACCACCACCCCCAGCUCCUUCUAAAACACUAAUUAGGUAAAAAUUAGUCACCACACACCCACUGGGCAUGCUUUUAAGGCAUGUGACUCCUCUGAGGAAAAAGAGUAUAAGAGUCAAGCAAAGUAAAUUACUGUGUUUGGGAUUCCUUAAUUGAUGUUUGAAGAAGCAACGCUGCUCGACAGAGUAGUCAAAACUCUGUUCCGUGGGCUCGAGUAGGACUGUGAACCAGAGGGGCCUCAAGGCAACCAAGACCUUGCCUCGAGGGAAUCCGAGACAGACCAGAGGGCUGAGAAAAACAGACCAGGAGAGAAGAAGCCGUCUAUAAAAUUGGCAACCACCUUCUCUGUUUGCCAAGCAGGAACUGUGUGGGACCAGCGCAGGGCCUUUUUAUCUAUGUUUGUGAAAGAGAGACUCAUUAAGAGGAAUGUAUAGCUCUUAAUGUAUAGCUCUUAAUGUCUCACAUAGGAGUUAUGUGUUUAAUAUAACCCUUUACCACUUCUGUAAUUCCUUCUCAAUAAACUGCUGUGUAUUGAAGAUAA